CCAAGGGGAGGGUGGCAUGACCUUGGUUCAUCCCCGGCCGCGAAGACGCGGCGUGACCUUGGCCAAGUCCCCACUUCCCCAUCCGCUAACUGGCGAGGCUGCACCGGAGGGUCUCCGCCCCUGCCGCUAGGCGUCUUGCGCCGUUACCCCUAUUUCCCUGGGCUUCCUCCACGCGUCCCACCAGUACUACGCCUACGCUGUCGGCGUAGUGGCCGCGUGGAGACUUGCGGCCCUCUCUUUUUAAGGCCAUUUCUUUUCAACGCUGGUUUCCGCCGCGCAGACUGGGUGGGCGCGAUUCCCGAACACGGCCUGCGCUGCGAGCGCGCGGCCGUCCCGCAGGCCGGUGCGGCCUUACGCCGCUGACGCAGCGCGCCCAAGAUGGCGGCGCGGUCGUCGUCGGGGGUGGCGGCGGCAGAGGGGGCGGCGGCCCUGGCGGUAGCGGAGACGGUAGCCGUGACGGUGGCAGCGGCGGCGCGGGAUCUGGGCCGGGGGGAAUGAGGCGGCCCCGGCGGGCCAGCGGUGGAGCCUUGUAGCGGAGAAGCUCCCCCUCCCUGCUUUGCUUGGCCGAGCCGGGGGCGCGCGCGUGCGCGACCGUCCGGAGCGGGCUCCCUACUCCUCGACUCCUGCGACCCGCACCGCACCCCCACCCGGGCCCGGAGGAUGAUGAAGCUCAAGUCGAACCAGACCCGCACCUACGAUGGCGACGGCUACAAGAAGCGGGCCGCAUGCCUGUGUUUCCGCAGCGAGAGCGAGGAGGAGGUGCUACUCGUGAGUAGUAGUCGCCAUCCAGACAGAUGGAUUGUCCCUGGAGGAGGCAUGGAGCCCGAGGAGGAGCCAAGUGUGGCAGCAGUUCGUGAAGUCUGUGAGGAGGCUGGAGUAAAAGGGACAUUGGGAAGAUUAGUUGGAAUUUUUGAGAACCAGGAGAGAAAGCACAGGACGUAUGUCUAUGUGCUCAUUGUCACUGAAGUGCUGGAAGACUGGGAAGAUUCAGUGAACAUUGGAAGGAAGAGGGAAUGGUUUAAAAUAGAAGACGCCAUAAAAGUGCUGCAGUAUCACAAACCCGUGCAGGCGUCAUAUUUUGAAACAUUGAGGCAAGGCUACUCAGCCAACAAUGGCACCCCAGUCGUGGCCACCACGUACUCAGUUUCUGCUCAGAGCUCGAUGUCAGGCAUCAGAUGACUGAAGACUUCCUGUAAGAGAAAUGGAAAUUGGAAACUAGACUGAAGUGCAGAUCUUCCCUCUCACCCUGGCUCUUUCCACUUCUCCUCUCAGGCCUCUUCUUUCAAAUAGGCAUGAUGGGCAGCAGAGAAAGGGUAUAUUGAUAAUGUUGCUGUUUGGUGUUAAGUGAUGGGGCUUUUUCUUCUCUUUUUAUUGAGGGGUGGGGGUUGGGGGUGUAAUUUGUAAGUACUUUUGUGCAUGAUCUGUCCCUCCCUCCUCCCAUCCCUGCAGUCCUCUGAAGAGAGGCCAACAGCCUUCCCCUGCCUUGGAUUCUGAAGUGUUCCUGUUUGUCUUAUCCUAGCCCUGGCCAGACAUUUUUCUUUGAUUUUUAAUUUUUUUUUUUAUUAAAAGAUACCAGUAUGAGAUGAUAACCUUUCAAGAAUUUGUCUGAUAAUGUGCUGUACAGUUCAGUACGGUGGUCACUUUCAUUGCAGGAUACAUUUAUCUACACAUUAUAUAUUGGACAUAUAAUAUGUAAAUAAAUGACUUCUAGAAAGAGAAAUUUAACUGUUUAAUUUUUUAAGGUUUUUUUCUCUUUUAAUUUGGGCAUUUCUGGAAUUGAGAGCCUCACAGUUAAUACAGCUUUUUGUUUUUGAUGCUAGUAGCUGGGGAGAUUUCCCUGUCCUCUCUCUGUUUCCUAGCCAUUGACUGUAGUUAUGUAGGUAUGGGAAGAGUUUAGCUACCUUCAUAGCGCUCCCAGGACUCAUGGCCUUUCCUUCUUUACGCUGUAUUUCCAUGCCAAGAAGGAAACCAGAAGAAACCAGUUUUUUUGUUUUGUUUUGUUUUUUAAACCAAGCUAUGAUCAAAUGGCCUCAACCCAGAUCUGGAAAAACAAUGAUAGAAAUUGAAUGCUGCCCCACAUGUUGACAGUAGGGUGAACUGGAUUCUUGGGAUUACUUACCUAAAAAACUGGAGCAUCAGGCACUGUUUCUGUCCUGCUGGUUUGGAAUCUUUUCCGUAAUGCUACUUAUUGCCACCAAUGGCCUCUCUUCCUGUCCAUAUAUGCCUUACACUGUGCUGACCUGGAUAAUCAUCCUUGUGCUCCGAAGCAUCAAACUAUACUUUGCAGGUGCAUCGAUGCAGUCCUGUCCCCACACUGGGUAACCGUGUUCCUGAAAAGUAUGUGGGGCAAAUUCAGGUGCUUGCUUGUCUUUGUAAUGGUGCAGCACUUGUGAUUGCAUCAUGGAGCAUGCUCAGAGCUAUUAAAUUGGUCUCCCAUCUCCCACCAGGAUGUGAAAGGUCCACAUGGGAAGCCACGUAAUCAUUUAUUAGAGUGGCUACACUGGCUCACUGCAGACUCUCUUGUUGGUUUUUCUUACAGGUUUCAUGCUGGCUUCAUUUGCCAGUUGUGUUGUUUGGUUGGGAAGUAAGUGGGUCUUGAGAUUGAGGGAUAGAAAGGGUUAUACUGAUUGAUCCCUGGCUUAGGACAGGAGAUCGUCUCAGUACUCCAGUGGCAGCUCCUUAGCCAAGAUGUGAAAUUAAAAUCGUAGUUCUCCUUAUUUAAAAAUUCCAAUAAAGCACUCAAACUUAGAAAAGCUUUUACUUUUCCAUCCCACUAAAAGAAAUAUAUGUAUCUUGUAGCCCUGUGUCACUUUGUGUUCAGCACUUUUGGGAACAUCAUUUGGUGAACUUUAAAUUUUGCUCUCUACUCUUAGUUUAUAUCCUCUCUCCCAGUCUUGAAACACAGGGCCAAAGAGCAGUUGUAAUCUUGGGAUACCAUGAUACCUCUAGGAAGGGAAUUACAUCCCCAGGGAAAGGUCCCAUUGGAUAAGAACAGCACUGUGGGGCUUGAGUCUGAAUGCCAACUUGCUAUUCACACAUUCUUCUUAAAAAUGAACACACUAUUUCUUGUCCUCACUUACAGCAUUCUAAAGUUCUGUUCAAAUAAAUAAAGGGGAAAAUAAAGUAGAUUUAACCACAUGCUAAGUGAAAUUCAAGAAACACAUUCUUCCAGAUAAAUUCUUCCUUUAUGGUAUGGAUUUGAAAGUACUUUGCAGGAAAAUAGUCAGAACUCUUUAAAAAGUAACUACAGGGCCAGGUACAGUGGCUCACGCCUGUAAUCCUAGCACUUUGACAGGCCAAGGCAGGUGGAUCAUUUGAGGCCAGGAGUUGGAGACCAGCCUGGCCAACAUGGUGAAACCCCAUCUCUAGUAGAAAUACAAAAAUUAGCUGGAUGUGAUGGUGCACACCUGUAAUCCCAGCUACUUGGGAGGCUGAGCCAUGAGAAUCGUUUGAACCUGGGAAAUGAAGGUUGCAGUGAGUCAAGAUCAUGCCACCGCACUCCAGCCGCGGCAACAGAGCGAGACUCUGUCUCAAUAAAUAAAUGAGAAAAUAAAACAGAACUGCAGUAUUAACAGUAACUUUUACAUUUUUUUUUAAUGAUCUGAGUAUGUUUUGACUGGGCUAGUGUAACAAAAUACUACCCUAAAAGUGCAGUUUUGAUUGUUGUUGGUGUCGUUGGGUCAGGAAAGUGAACUGUGUCAACAAGUAUUGUUUAGCGACAUGUAUGGAUUCCUAUUAAUGCAAGUGUCUGAAGAGAUUGUGCUGAUGCUUUCUUAACUGACAAAAGGAGGUUUUGUCCAACAUCAGAAUUGUUGAAACUGAUGCUAUUUUCUGUUGCACUGGGAUUCUGGUGAUCCGGGAUUGGUGUUUUUCCUCCCUGGCACCAUAAACACCAUGGCUGUCUUUACUGAUGUCAUCUCAUCAUAGUCCUUUAAUGAUAGAUUAGUUAGACCCAGGGUUGCAAUACCUUUAUCUCCCCAAAUAAAAGAAGCAAAGAAAGCACAAAAACUACCCUAUUGGCAGAGUAUUUCACUGGCAUUGAUUUGUCAUUAAUUCUGCCAGUGAUCUCAUUCAGGCUUGGUAGAAACAGGUUCCUGUGUUUAGGGCAGAUCCCUAGCCUAUCGCUCACAGUGAAUUUGCAUGUCCUAGAUUCUGGUUAUUACUAGAGCAUCCAUUAAAGUCUACCAAACUCAGGACAGAAAAAGAUAGCAGUGGAUUUAAAAAAAUUUUUAGUGUGGCCGGGCGCGGUGGCUCACGCCUAUAAUCCCAGCACUUUGGGAGGCCGAGGCGGGUGGAUCACGAGGUCAAGAGAUCGAGACCAUCCUGGUCAACAAGGUGAAACUAAAAAUACACAAAUUAGCUGGGCAUGGUGGCACGCGCCUGUAGUCCCAGCUACUCGGGAGGCUGAGGCAGGGGAAUUGCUUGAACCCAGGAGGCAGAGGUUGCGGUGAGCCGAGAUCGCGCCAUUGCACUCCAGCCUGGGUAACGAGAGCAAAACUCCCAUCUCAAAAAAAAAAAAUUUUUUUUUUUUUUUUAGUUUAUAAAUGACAGCCAUUGGGGAAACACUAAUAAGGUCAUGUGAUCUUAUGGACCAGGAUUUUCUCUUUCUCUCCCCUAGGGUGUGUGUGGGUUCGUUUGUGUGAGAUAAGGGCUGCCAGGAGGUAUCAACCAUGUUAGAUUUUCUGUAGCCUUCCAGAAACAGUGCAGCCCAUGAAACAGGAAUCUUAAUUUUGCUCAUAGCAAAUAUAACAGGAUGGAACAGUUAGUGAAUUGACUGUGUUUUGUUUUCACAAGUGUCCACCACUUCAUCUGCCCUGCAUGGAGAGGGCUCUCACUGCUAGGUCUAGGCUGAGCCAUCUGGAAGGAUCAAAGGGUGUGGGAGUAUCACCCCCUCUCAGUCUGCAGAAGGUCUGGAGGGUGGCAGCACAGCAGGAUUUCCGCCUUCUGCAUUGCGCUGCACAGCCCCAUGGAACAGUGAGGUCCUUGAGGCCUUGCUUCUUGCAGCCUCUAGGGAGCAGAGUAGUUCACUGCCCUCUGGGGGUGUUUUGCAGUAGUUUUGUAAAUGUGUUGCUACAUAGUCAAGUUGCUUUGUGGCCAAGAAAUAUUUUGUUUUGUUCUUAGGAGUCAACCCAUGUAAUGCCUCUUAGGCUUUCUUGCUUAGAAGAAAAAAGUCACCCUUUGUGGUUUUUAAAAGAAGAAAAAAAUUCUGUGCCGAUUUGUUCAUCCUCGUCCUUCCCGUUCCCUUUUCUCCACAUACAGUGCUCUUUGGAGGCUCCUGCCAAACCUUCUUAACCAGAGAAGUAAUAGGUAUUUGUUAGUCCUGGGUGUAUGCUUCGCAUUAUCCUUCACAUAUUUCACAUUUUCAUCUAGUACUUUAUUAUUGCCUUUGUUGAAGUCCCCAUCCUCAUCUUAAAAAACAACAGCUUAGCCUAAGCCACAUUUACUUUUUUUAGUUCACAAAAAGGAUUUAAUAGCCACAAUGUGAUUUUAAUAUUCUCUGUUAUCGAGGGUGGAUUUAGAAUUGCAGGAAAUACCUGGAGAAAUCACAGUGGGAUGAAUUUUUGCUUUAAGAGAAAUAAGAGUUGGCUGUAAUUGAUAACACGGCUUCAUCCUAGUCCCAUCUGCAUUUCAGAAAAUAGCCCACAUCUUUAUAAAACACAGGAGACUUGUGGGACAGUUAAGCAGGUAUGGAGAGGGAGGGUAUUAUUUAAUGGUGAUUAAAUAAUACAGAUGGCCCUUCUGGUUCUUAGGGUUUUGUUUUUGUUUUUGUUUUUUAAUGUUACUAUUUACUGACAUCAAAACAAAAGCUGAGACUAAAAGUUGCUAUUUAACACGAAUAGACAUUGGUGCAGUUUCCUUCCUGGAGAUGGUAUGCACUCAGAUCAUGAGACCUAAAAUCAGACACACACUGAACUGUCAAGAAUCAAACAAGGACUACAUUUUACCUCAAUAGAAAAGGUGCUGAAGACAAAACGAGAUGUUUAAAAAUAUUCUUUAUGCUAAGCUCAUGUAAGCAAACAAAAAAUUAAAACUAAUCCUAAAACUUUAGGACAUUGGAUACAGAAUUAACAUUAACUAUUUAAAUUUUUUGCAUCAACAAAAGUAUGAUCUAUCCUUCCCUGUACUUGUACUACAAGGACAUGCUUGUUGCUUCUACACUACACGAAGUCAACAGUCAUCAACAAUGAAACAGAACUAGAUUGGAACAAGGCUUCAGAGCGACUCUGCUCCACCCAAAUUAAGGAAAUUCAGUUCAGGACGAACAACAGCUUUGAUUUAGAACCAGCUCUUACUUUUCUCUCCUGUCACACGUGAUGAAGUCCUCACUUGAUAUUCCCCCCUGCAAAUUGCAAUGCAUGUCCUCGCCAUCACCUUUUUCUGACACUUUAAAAGUAAUUUAUAGGCCGGGCAUGGCGGCUCACGCCUGUAAUCCCAGCACUUUGGGAGGCCUAGGCGGGUGGAUCAAGAGGUCAAGAGAUUGAGACCAUCGUGGUCUCGAUCAACAUGGUAAAACCCCGUCUAUACUAAAAAUACAAAAAAUUAUCUGGGCAUGGUGGCACGUGCCUGUAGUCCCAGCUACUCGGGAGGCUGAGGCAGGGGAAUUGCUUGAACCCAGGAGGUGGAGGUUGCGGUGAGCUGAGAUUGUGCCAUUGCACUCCAGUCUGUGUAACAACAGCGAAACUCUGUCUCAAAAAAAAAAAAAAAAAAGGAAUUUGUAGAAUUUGCAAAAGCAAUGAAAUUGUACUUCCAAUUCUGAAUCUCUGAUCAUACAAUUCUGAAUCUCUGAUCAUAUUCCUGCUUUGACACAAGACUAACUCCUCUGCAGUGUACCCCACCAGCACAGCGACCCUCUUUCUCUCUAUUCCUUUGCCCUGAAGGCACUUCUGGAUUGAUUAAUGUGUGCUCUUUGGCUGCCUAGACAGUCAGGACACCUAAGGCCAUCUGUAACUUAUCACUCCUCUCCUCCUUUUUUAUAACUAAUACCACUUUCCUGCUUCCUUUCUACUGCUGAAUCACCAGACUUGGUGCUGUCAUCAGGGGGACAGAGUCAAUUUCGGCUUCGAGCUGGUUGGUAAAGCUGCGUCACUGGACGAUCCUUGUUUCUUAUUCGAUCUCUCUUGACCACUUCUUCUUUCUUUUCAGUUUUUUCUGAGCUUCCUAUUAAUUCUGUACUUUCGGACUUUUUUCCUUUAUGCCAAAGUGUUUCUUUCUCCUUUUUUAUUUCUUCGUCUUUUCUCUUAAAAGUCUGCUCUUUCUCAUAGCAUUCCUUCUGCCUACGGCACUCUUCUCGCCGCUUCAGCCUCUCUCUUUCUCGAAGUAUGCGCUCCUGAUCUCAUUCAUAAUCCCGUUCCCUCUCCCUGCAGCCUCUCCUCCUCUCAUCUUCAGGUCUCUCUGGUUUUUCAUCUUUAAAUUCGCUAUCAGAACGCUUGGGCAAUGUACAACUUUGCCCACUGGCUCCUUCUCUUUGUCUAACUUCUUGGCUUUCUUUUUCAUCUCCUUUUUCUGGCUUCUUGAGCAGCUUAAUCUUUGGUUCAUUCUUUAAUUUGUCCCUUUCUGGAAUUCUUUAGUUUUUCUAUAUCUUCUUUUUUCUUUCUUUUUUUAUAAGAUGGGGUUUCACCAUGAUGGCCAGGCUGGUCUUGAACUCCUGACCUCAGGUGAUCCACCCACCUUGGCCUCCCAAAGUGCUAGGAUUACAGGCGUGAGCCACCGCACCCGGCCAAGCUUUUCUAUAUCUUUCCUUUUUCGUUUCUCCUCUUCUUUGCAUUUCCUCCUCUCUUCUUCUUUUUGCCUUUUUCUAUUUCUCUCCUACUUUCUUCUCUCUUUUCUUUUCUCAUUCUCUGCUUGUUUUUCAGGAAGCUCAAAGCAGGGUUUUUUUUUAGGUAUUAAUUCUCUAUUUUUUGCUUCUGUUUCCUCUUGCAGUGUCUCUGGAGUAGAUGUCAUUUUCUCAUUAUCCGUGACAUAACUUUCCAAAAACUUUCUAUAUUCUGGAUCAUCAUCAAUAGUCCCGACUUUGGUAUCUCUUUUCUUAGUUUUCUUUUUUGCACAUUUUUGAAAAGGUGCAAAUAUUACCAUAGCAGGAUAUUCCUGACCUUUAUUGUCAAGGAAUACAUAACCAUCAAAGCGAUCCGUGAACAAAACAAUGUCCUCUUGGUUUUUAAAGUUGAUGUAUGCUCUGGCAUACAUAUGAGGAUACAGACUCAUAUCAUUAGAAAAAACUCAAAAUAAUCAUGUUCAGGCAUAGGUUGAAGAUGUUCCUGAAGCUGCUCCUUGGUCAAAGUGGGAGGUAAUCUUCAAAUUACCACCUUGCUCAGCACCUCUUUCUUCUCCUUGUUGUAAUCCUGUUUAUCUUCCCCCUCGGAACUGUCCCCUGAAGUCUCAUGACUGCUGCCUGUAGCUCCAAGGGGUGUUAACAGGGUUACUCACUUCUCCUUGGGCCUGUACUCCAUCACUUCUUUCAUGGCUACAUCUGUCACGCAGGCGGCUCAGCCACAACGCAUUACACUGGGCACCAACAGCUCUGGUUCUUAGUUUUAAAGACUGUGGAAGAGGUCAAACUCGAGGCUCUGUAGUUCAUACUAUGCAGGUGAGGUGGCAAUCAUUUAUUCUGAGCCUGUUGGAUAGAGCCUGUCUCCUUAAGGCUGCAAAGCCUUCCAGGAUAUCUAGCUGUCCAUGUUAGUGGCUCAGCCUUGCCUCCAUCAGGGUACCCACCUAACCUGGAGCAGGUGAGAGCACCCCAGCGUCCGUGCUCUGUGGUGAGUUUUGCAGCGGAGAUUUAACUUCACCAUCCAGGGUAGCUGUGUUUCUGUGUCACUUGAGAUACCACCUAAAAAUGAAAUGUUUGAGAUUUUAAGGUUAAAAAAAAAGUAGUGCUCGCUUCGGCAGCACAUAUACUAAAAUUGGAACGAUACAGAGAAGAUUAGCAUGGACCGCUAAUUCGUGAAGUGGUCCAUAAAAAAUAAAUAGGGCCGGGCGUGGUGGCUCAAGCCUGUAAUCCCAGCACUUUGGGAGGCCUAGGCGGGUGGAUCACAAGGUCAAGAGAUCGAGACCAUCCUGGUCAACAUGGUGAAACCCCGUCUCUACUAAAAAUGCGAAAAAUUAGCUGGGCACAGUGGUGCAUGCCUGUAAUCCCAGCUACUCAGGAGGCUGAGGCAGGAGAAUUGCCUGAACCCAGGAGGCAGAGGUUGCAGUAAGCUGAGAUCGCGCCAUUGCACUCCAGCCUGGGUAACAAGAGCAUCUCAAAAAAAAAAAAAAUUAAUAAAUAGGAAGGGAAUCCUAUUUUGUGAUGAUUUGGGCACACUACUUGAGCCGAACCUGGUGGUCACAUGAUUUUGGCUGUCUCUGACAUGAAGCUUUUGAAGUGAGAGUCAUGUCUCUUCCCUGAAUCUUUGUUUGCAGUGAUAAUUUGCUGAGAUUGAGCUUGUCUUAGAAAAUAAGACUGUCCACCUGGGGAGGGGAGUUUAUAAGGAAGCCGUGUUAACUCAGAAUGCUGAAGAAAGGGUGUUUGGCCAAAAAAGUAAGAUCAAUAUCUAGAAGGUGGAAAGCAGUCAUUGCUUCUUUUCCUCCAGCAGUUGGUGGUUUAAUAACUCUAGGUUUCCAUUGGUUUAUAUCCCCAGUUCUUAAUAUUAAAACUUAUUUGACUUCCUAUCUGGAAGCACACACAAAAAAAGCACUAUUUAAAACCCUGGAUAUAGGCAUUUAAGGAUAUAACCGCAGCAGCAUUGCUGUUGGGCCAGGUUCAUCACCAUUCUGAUGUGCUGCCCAUCCUUCCACCCUCCCUUUCCUGCCCCCGGGUCCCCCAGCCAGGCCAGUUGUGAAAAUUCUGUUAAUCAUUGAUUCAGAGAACAUUUAUUCUUGUCUGGAAUAAGACUGUACCUUUCAGACAACAUCUCAACAGUACAGUAAAGUAGCUCUCCUGGACUUGAGCUUCUAGCCAGGCAUUUAGUUCAAAGUCUUAAGCCUUUGUGGAAUUCCUUAGGAAAAAAAAGCAAGAUGUCUCAGUGCCAAUGCUGGGCCUUAAGACUGUACGUCCACCCUCUCUGUAGGGCGGGGCUAGUGGCUCAGCUUUGGGAAAUCAUUUUGCCGGUAAGAUUGCCUGUGAAUCCCUUUGAGAAGUCAUCCUGAUCUGAGCCUGUCUUCCUGAGCACUUUGGUGCUGAAUUGAAAAUGGUAAGCUAAAGCAGUGACUGAUCCACAUAGCCUCUUUAACCUCUGUAUUGUCUUGCUGAAAAAAACCCUCCCAGGUUAAUAAACCUUGGUCUUUAACCUCCCUUUGUUGUAGAGAAAAUGUGUCACUAAUUAAUGGUCCAAAGGAUAUCUAGUUUUAUUUACUCAGUCCAGCAGCAAAACGGAUAGGACUUAUGCCAGGGAUGUUAGAGGCUGGUUAUGAAGACACCCAGGAACAGGAAUAAGAAGGGAUGCGUCUGCUCCACACACAACCUCCCCAGAUCUGAAGGUAAGUCUUGGAGAGCUUCCAAAAUGCUGAAGUAAAAAGGAGACUUGAAGGGCCUUAGCUUAAUGAGCAAGAGGCUUGUGUCCUCCCAAGAACAUGAAGGACUUCAGAAGGAAAUAACAGGUACCUAAGCUAGAGUUCACAGGCAGAAACCUGCCCGCUCACCCUGUGUGACAGAGCACUUUUGCUCUGAAUUUUCCAAGGGAUCUCUCCCUUCAAAAAUCCAAUUUACUGGCCGGGCGCAGUGGCUCAUGCCUAUAAUCCCAGCACUUUGGGAGGCCGAGGCAGGUGGAUCACGAGGUCAAGAGAUCAAGACCAUCCUGGUCAACAAGGUGAAACCCCGUCUCUACUAAAAAUACAAAAAUUAGCUGGGCAUGGUGGUGCGAACCUGUAGUCCCAGCUACUCGGGAGGCUGAGGCAGGAGAAUUGCUUGAACUCAGGAGGCGGAGGUUGCAGUGAGCUGAGAUCGUGCCAUUGCACUCCAGUCUGGGUAACAACAGCGAAACUCCAUCUAAAAAAAAAAAAAAAAAAAAAAAUCCAAUUUACUACCAGAAUCUCGUUUAGCCUCUGAGAAUCUCAUUCUUUCACUUCCAUUUAUGAGUGGACAUCGAUAUGUUGCUCAGGGAACAGAAACAUCAGCGUCCAGGGCCCAAUGGCAUGGCAUCACAUUAGUAGUUAGAAAAGCAGUCAGCCAACUUGACUGUAAAAGAAAUGAAUGUAGUACAGUUUUGUAAAUGUCAGGUCUGUUCUAUUUUGUGAUCUGAAAACUGUCACACUGGUUGGUAAUCAAAGAAAAGGUUGGUGGUUAGAAUAAGUAAAAUUUCAGUUAGAAAAAUAGCUUACCAGUUUUCCACGUGCUGUAUUAAGGAAGUCAAGAGUAUUUCAGGCUGUUGGGAACUCUUGUAAAUGGAACUGAAGCAAGUGUUUCUCACCCUCUUAGGUGUAUCAGAGAGAGGAAUGGAAGGGCAGCAGUAGCAUCUCUACUUACUCUUGCCAACCCAGCCUCCAUUUCAAAGACUUUGUCUUCUACCCUAUCCAAUGGCAUGAUCAGGGAUGGACUCUGAGGAGGCAGUGAGGCCCCACCUUGGUUUGCUCAGCCUUGGUGUGUAGUCUCCAAACAGCUUAAGGGUUUUAAAGGAGUUUUCUCACAUGAGCACCUUCACUUCACUCAUCUACCGUCAGCAGCAGGAAGGUUAACAUCCCUGGAACCAUUUCCGUUGUAAAAGCGAUAAGCCGUUGUGCUUUCUCCCGUUACAGGUGUACCAUCCAGAUACAGUCUCCUCUUGGCCAGGUUCAACAGCUUUUUCCAGGGGACCCUGUGGGUUGAGAGGCAAAGUAGCCGAGAUGUAUUCAGUUUUUCCAGAGGACAAAAGUAUUUCUUGUCCCUUUUCGCUCAUGCUCCUAUGCUUUAGCUAAGGCUUAAAUAGCCAAGUUGAGUAAUGUCUCUGGAACUAAGACAGAGCCAGGGGCCCAUGUACCCAGGGACCAGUCCCCUGGGGAAUCACACAGUUGCUCAGACUAGACUGCUCUAUCCCACCAGAACUCUGCUGCUAUUCCUUUCCAUCAGGACCACCCAGGAAAGCAAGUAAGUUAGCUUCUCAUCACUAGAUCACCUGAUCCCUUGGGCUGCAGGAUGAGAGGAUGUAUGGAUCUCCUGUUUAGACAGUUUGUUCAUAAUGGUAGAAAGGGGUAGAAAACGGAACAACCAAGAGGCUGAGUGAUUUUUUAAGAGAAUGGCAAGGAUGACCCCAAAUGAGCUCAACAAAACUGGGAAUCCAAAGAAUGGUGCUUAUAGGGAAAGAGAGGUCAGUUGUGGUCCUAAAACCUCUUGGCACCUGGUGUGAGUUAUGAAACGAAGAGCUGGAGUAAAAUUGCCCUUACCCCCAAUCCAAACACUCUCCAGGAUUUAGGAGCUACCCAACCCGUGGGUAAAUGGUCUUGGUUUCCGUUUUUGGUUGUUUGCUUUUUUCUAAAACAAUCUUGCUUGGUACUGCAUGGAAAGUCAAGCUUCUCUUCCAGCCUGCUCAGGACCACCUGUCUGGGCUGGCCUCUUCCCUGUGUCUUCACAGCAUUUCUAAGGAAGAUUUUUGCAGUGCUCUCUGGAGCUGAGGGGACUGGAAUUUGGUCCAGAGAAGGCAGAAGGAAAUAGUUUUCCUCCUUUUCUCAAGGUAGAUUUUCCUAGGCUUCCUUCACACCUCCUUCCCAUGGGUGCAGCUGGCAGUAGACUCAGGUUGUGGAGGAGGGCUGAGAAGAAAGGGGUACCAGUCCAGCCCCAGGUUUGGUCCGAGUCAGGUACACAGCAGAUACCAUCCCACCUUCCUCUCAAGAGCAGACCAGCCACACAUAUAACCCUUUCCCUACUUUACUAAUGUGCCCCUUAUGUGGUACCAGCAUCGGGGGCCAGGCAGACCUACCCCCUGCAAUCUAGAGAGAAUGUUGUUACUACCCAUAAAACUUGACUACCCCCGCAUCCCACUCCUUUUUGUAAAAACGAAUGCUUAAACCUGUGAGCCUGCCGUUCCUUUAUAUAUGUUAAUGAGUUUCCUUCCAUUUGAGCUGUGUGGGAGGGAAGGGCAUUGAAAUUGUAGGUUGUAAUCUUGUGCCAAUCAAUAAAAACCAGUAUUUCACACACA